AGAGGCACCGGCUGGUGGACGAUAUGAACAGAAGAGUGAGAAGAAAAGACUGUCAUCUCUCUCGAUGAUUGUGAAUUAUUGAAUGAUCGAAGCACACCGGACUAUUUUUGCUCGGUGUUGUUGAGUGAUUGGUUCUGUCUAUCUAGCUAGCUGAUGCUAAUACGAUAGCAGCAGAGAGCAGUCAAGAUCAGAAACAAGAUGCAGGAAUACCGUCAGUCAAGGAGUCGAUCUGCGGAGGGUUCUGUAGGAGGAGUGCCUGCUUGGCUGUUGGAAGAACAGGGGUAUGCUACCCCCACUCCCAGUGGCGGCAACAGAAGUCGAAAAAGUGACAACGAGAGAUCAUCCGGUGGAGGUAGCAAUCAUAUCUCUGACGACCAUGAAGGGGUACGCGGAUCCCCAGAUACCCGUCGCAAGCAUUAUCGAGGUGCUCGACAGCAGCAGCGUGAUCAGAGGUACACCACCACCACAGAAAGCAACAAUUAUGAAGGUCAAUUGCCAGGGUUGCCUACCGUCAAUGGCAUUCCACUGGAGCUGCGAAACAGACCUCAGCACCAGAUGAUUGACAGCAUGCAGCGUAUGCGAGAAUCGGAACCAGUUUAUAUGGAUAUUGAUCCCAAUAUUCCACCCAAUACUAGUACCGGUAUGGCAAUGGCACACAUGCAGAUGGCACACUUGCAAAGAACCACCAAAGCGUCAGCUUCAUCGCCAUCCAGGGCGCUUCAGCAGUACCAUCAGCAGUCUCCGGUGUUUGUAGGAACACCGUCCACAGCUGCCACAUCUUACACAACAAAUAAUAGUGCCGGUGGGGCUUCCACGAGUAGGUCUCCUGCAAGAAUAAACAGUCGCAAUUCCAGCACUGGCAGUCCGAGUUCUUCCAGGGGCUCGAAUGCUUCAGGGAUUUCCCCUGCUCGGUCUUCCAACCGGUCGACACCCUCCCCCACCAAUCCAAAUAAUUAUGUCGCGAGGAACAUGCCCACAGUGUCACCUGCCCGAACCACCGUCACCACAACCGUCACUACUUCUCAAAGCACCAAAUACCCUUACGUCCAUCCCUAUGUGAGCAACGGGGAUUACCGUGGCCAAGGUGCCAGGUAUCACAACCAAUCCGAUCCCCGUGCCGUUGCUGCUAUGAUCCAUACCACACACAUCAACAACAACAAACACUCUGCUAGGAAGUCUCUUUACGAUGAACGACCCAUUGGACCCAGAGACCAAGAAGAGCAACAUCAUGGUGAUCAGCUGAUCAUGUUUGGAGAUGACUAUGAUUUGGGCUCUAUCAAUACCGGGAUGAGUCAACAAGAAUUGCUGCAAAAGCGUAGAGAUGUCAAGAAACGACGAGAGGGGAAAUAUGGCAAGAAAAAGAAGAGCAAAGAACGUAUCAUCAACAUGCCACCGAGACUCCUGUCCAUGGGAUCAUGGGAUACUUCACCUAUUACCAAGCUGACAUCCAAAGACAAUUCUCAUCACGCGUUUUACAAGGAUGGCAAAGAACAGAAAAAGUGGAAUGUAUUGAGAGCCUUUCCUUCGCAGGAUGAAGGGUCCACAGAUGCUAGCACUCGAGAGAGUGGUGAUGACCCUGCGCAUCACCGACCCCCAAAUGAACAACCACAUCAUCAUGAUAAUUCAUCCUUGAACUCUUUCCCGCUCUUGUCCACCAAUGCAAAAGAAGGUCUCGACCCAGUCGCAAACAGAAACGUAGAGUCUCCGCGGGAUGCCGCAGUGCUGUACGCCCAGCCAGGAAAUAUUCCACAACUGCAAGUGGAUCACCUCUACGAACGUGAGCAACGAAAGCUGCACGAACACCAACAGAUUCAGCAGUCGUAUCAGCCGACUACAAUACAGCAGCUAAGAGACAGGUCGAAUCAGGAUCAACAACACAUGGAGGCACAUCAUCGCCAGCAUGGGGAAGAAUUGGAGCAGUUGGAGAGCCAUUUGCGAUACCUACAAGAUCAGCAUCAACUUCUUGAGCAAGAGGUGCAAGAGCGCCAUGUAAACGCACAGGCGGCAAGGGAUGCACACCCACGACCACGCGUUCGUUUCUCAGCCACUCUGACACAAGACUUGGAAGAAAAGCAUUACGAAAUUUCAUCCAAAGACUCGCCGACCUCGGUAACAGAUCUCGGGCAUUACACAGAGUAUCAUCAUCAGCACCAAGAUACCAGUAAUAGCUCGUCUUCAGUCCUUGCGCCCAAAACUCUGUUUCCGGGAAAGCCGGUGUCCAUUUUGAGACGAAAGAGAAAGGAGGCGCUUGAUUCCACAGGGCGCUAUCCGGGCGCAUCGUCUCGUGGACGGUCCCAUCAGCAACCGGUGUUCAGCGAUAGCGAUGGCAGAGAACUAUCUCCGAUUCGCUCUCCAGCCGGCAUGCGAGGGCAGACAUUAGCUGCGCACCACUAUCAUCCAGACGACGUUAGUUCGCUGCCUGAGAAUCUCGAGGAAAAGGAUGUCGCUGUCGUGUUUGACCCGGAUCAAGAGAUUGACGACUUGGAAUUGAUGAGGCGGGAGUUUGACGAAGAGUCAAGCCUGAUUUCGGAAGCCUUCAUCGAGGCUGUUGCUGCGAUUGUUCUACAAACUGCCAUGCGCCGGUUCAUAGCAAUUUGCAGGGCACAGAGACUCCGGAUGGAGAUGGGUCGCCCAACAAAACACAAAAGAGGGCUCAACCAGUCUCAUUCGACGUCUUCGAGCGAGAUGAAUUCAAGACAGACAGGAGUUUCAACCUUGACGACUUCAAACCAAACCCAAUCGAGCCAAGAAGAUUUAUUCUACGAUUUGGCUGCGAUCCAGAUCCAGUCAGUUUUCCGCGGUUGGUGGGUGAGGGACUCUAUCAACGUUGACCACUACUGUUCGACCCUGAUUCAGAAGGCUUUUCGAGGAUUUCGAGAUCGCAUUUCAUUCGACUACGACGUGUACAGAGUCAUUCUUGUGCAAUCCAUUUGGAGGAGAAACAUUGCCAUACGCAAGACUUAUCGGCAUUUCUCGUUGAUCAUCAAGCUGCAAGCCAUCUGUCGAGGAAUUCUUGUUCGAAAGGCUGUCAGUGGCAUGUUGACCCUCUCCAGAAGAGGAAAAGCUCGUCGAAACUCCUCUCGAAAAUCUAACGAGAGAAGACGUUCAAGCGACAAGCCUUCCCACACUCGGGCUUCUUACGAAAAAGCCAAGGCGCAAAAGAAGCCGCCACCUUACCUUAACAGAGCCCAGACUCGUCCUUUCGGGCCCUCAUGCAUGGAAGAAGCCAGAAUCUGGCACGUGGGAGCAAUUAUCAUCCAGACUUACUGGCGCAGUUACGUUGGCAGAAUCUGCUACUUCCAGUCGCUAGCUGAUGUCGUGCUGGUUCAAUCUGUUAUUCGACGAUGGCUCACUAGGCGCAGAUUCGCUGGUGCAAUUCGCCAGAGGGGGGCAUAUCAGAGUUGGCCCACAAGAAACCAACCUCAGCAAGUGCAGUCGAAACCAUCGUCCGGAAGUGCCGUGUCUUCACGCUUUGUCAAGUUCGAGAGCUUUGACUCCAGGAACGUCUCUUCACUAGGAGCCGACGAAAGCGUACCUUUCCGCAAUAUGUCGGAGGAAGACGCUGAUCAAUUUCCCAGCCCGAUACCCACGAGACUGCCCAAUCAACCGCAUCAACAUCAAAGUCAGCAGCACAGGCAAGUCGAGAUGGAUGGGUACGACUCUUCUCAGCACUACGGCCGUGGCUACUUUGAAGAUGCGUCACGAUUUGGUGGACGUAAUGUUUGGAGCAAGAGUGGCGGUCCGCCAACAAACGAAGCUGACUUUGGUGACAGAUAUUCGCCUUGUCACGGCCAGGAAGGAGCAAGCAAGCCGGAUGGGCCGAUCACUUAUGGGGCAAUGAUCAAAGACCGACAAAGCGGGAGUCCUCAAGCACCCAGCCAAGUUCCAAUCCAACAACAAAGGAGCCCGGUCUCAAGGAGUAAGGGUUGGAACGCCGAAGAAGACAUCGACAAGGAGUCAACUCGCAAUCUGCUGCAGGCUUGGAAGAAGAAGGACAAGGCCAACUCGUUUACGAUUCGACCGCGCUCUGGAAGGUAGCCACCAAUUGGUUGCACAGCCGGAGCUAAUUACUGGGGAAAGCGCCGCUCCUCAGUAAAGGAAUUGAACAUAGAGAUAAAAGAAAUAGAUCACGCUACUUUGAAGU